AUGAAGUUCGCUGUCACCCUGCUCAGCCUCGCCAGCCUCGGCCUCAACAUUCUCCCUAUUCAGGCUGCAGCGGUUCCGGCUACUGAUCUGGUUCGCCGACAUACCUAUGGUGUGGAUGCCGACGAGGUCGCCGUCGAAAAGCGUCACAGGUAUGCCCUUGAUGACGACGAGACAGCCCUCGAGAAGCGUCACAGAUAUGCUCUUGACGACGACGAAACCGCUCUCGAGAAGCGGCACAAGUACGCCUUGGAUGACGAUGAGACCGCCCUCGAGAAACGUCACAGGUACGCUCUGGACGAUGAUGAGUCUGCCCUCGAGAAGCGUCACAGAUACGCCUUGGACGAUGAUGAGUCUGCCCUCGAGAAGCGUCACAGAUACGCCCUUGAUGACGACGAGUCUGCCCUCGAGAAACGUCACAGGUACGCUCUGGACGAUGAUGAGUCUGCCCUCGAGAAGCGUCACAGAUACGCCUUGGAUGACGAUGAGGCGGCCCUUGAGAAGCGUCACAGAUACGCCUUGGAUGACGACGAGACCGCCCUCGAGAAGCGCCACAGGUACGCUGUAGACGACGACGAGUCUGUAUAA